AAAUUCAAAAUAUAAUGCAGCUUGAAUGUAUCUUCAAAUUAAUUUGUGCAUCAUUUUGUUAAUUUGUUAGUCUUUGAACAGGUUGGUCUAAUUUUCCAACUUUUGUGUUUAGUGCAUUCUAUGUGAGUCACGUAGUUUAUUAUGACAUUCGACAUUCCCAACAGCUCUAAAAAUGCAUUCAUCACCUGUAAACAGAUUCCUCUUCGUAACUUGUUGGAAAGUCUGUCGCAGAUUUCUUUCUAGAAAAUACCCUGCUUGGAAAGAGUGCUACUCCGAUGCCCUCAUAUGGGUGGAAGUGGGGCUGUCUAACAUGGAUGACCACAUCGAUGUCAUUCUUCAGGAUAGAAGAAUUAGAAAUCAGCAACAGCUGGACAAUCCUGUAUUCACAGCUUGUACCGGAGCUCUGCUUCUAGGUGCCUACAGACUUUGGACUCUAUUUGCACUUCCUGGGUUCCGGAAAGUACCCAGAAGUCUCAAGGUACCCUACUUGCCCUCGAGUAAAACACAGACGCAGAAUGUAAUGACCCUGCUGCAGGGCCGCAGGGGCCGCAUGGUCGACCUGGGCUCAGGCGACGGGAGACUGGUGUUUGCUGCCUCCUCCGCCGGCCUGCGCUGCACCGGCUACGAGAUCAACUCCAUCCUGACAACGAGCGCCCGGGUGCGGGCGUGGUUAAGAGGAGUGCCCCCUGGCAGUGCCACCUUUGUCUCUGAUGACUUCUGGAAGACCAAUCUGUCAGAUUACAACAAUGUGACCGUGUUCUUGGCCCCAGGUGUGAUGGACGUUCUUGGGGAGAAGCUAUUGAAGGAGCUACCUGACGAGGCACGGGUUGUAGCCUGCCGGUUCCCCUUCCCUCUCUGGCCCUGCUCUGCCUCUGAGGGACAGGGUCUGGACCAGGCCUGGGCCUACGACAUGGGAGCCGUGCGGGACCACCUCCUCCAGACCCCCUGCACCCCUGCCAAGGCCAUAGGCACAGCAUAAACACUCCAUUUUGUCCACUUGACGGUGGACGUUGAUCUUUAUUGUACAAGAUGAGAUCUGUAGCACAGACGGUACCAAAUGCUCUCCCCUACUCCCCCUACACAGUAAAUCUAUGAUGCUGGAUCAGGACAGGAGACGUGCCUUUAUUUGUAUUAGAUAUCAUAAUCAUUGUCACAUCCACAGUCACAUACCGUAUACUGUAUAACUUUGGAAUUAGUAUUAUGAAGUAUUGUGAAGCAACUCUGUCCAUAUUCACACACAACUGCACUAGCCAUAGUCAGUGAUUUCAUAAUGAAACUUUACUCAUAAAUGGGCAAUUCGUUUUUCUAUAUAUUUAUAGUUGACUCCAAUAAAUGUGAAAAUGACAAUUAAAUCCCAUUAUGGGUAUUUUGUGUUGGCA